CUGACCGUGAGCCUUCGCGAAGAUUCCCACGCCUGCGCAGUGAGGAAGCUCGUAGCUUCCCUGCUCUGAAAAGAAAAACAUUUUCCUUCCUUUUUUUGGCGUGGAGAACGUGGAAAACCUUUAGGAUUUUUGCGUAGCUGCAUUGUGUACGUGCAGUCUAUUCUGUUAACAAGUUUCAGGUGAAAUAUUGCACUCCGGAACACAGGGGACUCGGUGUUUUGUUGCCGGAGAGUCUUGAAAAAUUCUCGUAGCUAGAGUUGUUGUUUACUGCACAGCGUGUGCCUUGAUCAGAGAGUUGGCGUCUCGGCGUUUUCUGAUUUAUUUUAUUUGCUGGUUAGUUGAAAGCCUUUACAGACUGCCAUGGCGUGGGCUCGGUCGUCGGAAAACUCGCUGGGGGCAGCCGCCGAUGCUGCCGAUAACUUGACAGCGGACUUCGACGCAAGUCUGUCCGGGCUGGGCCACGAGCUGGGGUCCGCUGCAUACAACAUGAGUGAGGUGUUGGCUCUGCCCAUAUUCAAGCAGGAGGGACUUGAGAACAGUUUCCAGUACAUCCUGUGUGCUGCAACGUCCCCUGCUUCUAAGAUCAACGAAGAAACCGUGACUUAUCUUAACCAACGUCAGUCGUAUGAGUUGAGACUAAAGCGUCUGGGUGACAACAGCAGUUUUCAAGGAGGAGAGUUACUUAAGAGUGUUGUGCGAGUGGUGUUCCAUGACAGAAGGCUGCAGUACACGGAGUAUGAACAGCUGGCCCAGUGGAGGUCCAUUAGGCCCAAUGAAAGACUGCUCGAUAUCGAUAUCCCCCUGUCAGUCAACAUAUAUGAUAUCAGAAAAGACCCUACUGCUGUCAACAAAGUAGAGUUCCAGUGGGACCCAAACAAAGAUACAUCUGUGGCAAUACAGGUCCACUGCAUAAGUACAGAGUUCACGGCACACAGGCAUGGUGGAGAGAAGGGCAUCCCCUUCCGUAUACAGGUGGACUCUUACACUACAGAGGACGAACAUCUGCACUCUGCAUCAUGUCAAAUCAAGGUGUUCAAGCCGAAGGGUGCGGACCGAAAGAUAAAAACGGACAGAGAGAAGAUGGAGAAGAAACCUGACAAGGACAAGUAUCAGCCAUCGUACGAGUACACCAUCCUUACUGAGGUCUGUGUCAUGCCCCUGCAUGAAACUCAGCAGGAAAACCUGUUUCAACCCGGGACGUCACCUCAGCACAACGUUUGUGGUCCUUCAGAUGCUUCCUUCAAUUCACCUGCAAGCAGCAGCUACAACAGCAGUUUUCACAGCCCACCUGACGUCAACAGAAGUCUGCAGAGUCCCACCACCUCUGCUGCUGCUGCCUCCAAUGAAGAUGGGGGGGAUAAAGCUGGGUCCGUGGAGCCUCUUGCUCCAGGCGCCAACAUUCAAGAAACACAGAGCUGGCUGGUACACAACAGAUUUGGAAACUACGUCAGAACAUUUAAUAACUUUGCAGGAGCUGACUUACUGAGAUUGACCAGAGAAGACUUGGUACAGAUCUGUGGCCCAGCUGACGGCAUCAGACUUUUCAACGCCCUUCAAGCCAGAGCGAUCAGACCAAGGUUGACCAUGUAUGUCUGUCUAGAAUCGCAACAUGUCUAUCAUGCAAUCUUCCUGGAGAAUCUGUGUGUAGAAGAGCUGAAGCUGAAGAUUGCCCAGCUGUUCAACGCCUCUCCAUCACAGCUAGCUGAUCUCUACCGACAAGGUCCCACCGGCAUCCACGUCAUCAUCACUGAUCAGAUGGUGCAAAAUCUCUCCGAUGAGUCUUGUUUCGCUCUGUCCAUGGUAAAAGCUGAGAACGACGAAAACAGAUACCAUGUCAUCUUUAAGUAGACUGUUAGUUUGAGCUGUAUGUCUUCUGUGGAGUUUUGCGCAUGGAGGAAAAGGGAAACUGCUGAAGAUACCUUAAAGAGAUAUAAGACUGCUUCCAAGAAAUAGGAAUAUAGAAACACAGAAAACUUUUUAAAGGAUACUGUAGAUAAGAGAGAGCACUAUUCUUCUUAGUAAUUAAAAAAACUACUGGUAUGCCCAUCUUUAAAAAAGUAUUAAGUCAGGAAAAAGUGCUUCUUUGUGUUUUUUCUCAGGGAUGACUCAGCAGUAAACAUUGUCAAUCUGACACUGCCUUGGCUGAAUACUGGCUUGCUGUUUUGAUGCUGUAUUCCAUGAAUACAGGGGUACCCUCUAAAACAAUCAUUUAUUCAAAGAUAGACUGAAAUGAGGUAAAUGCCCCCUAUUUCUAGAGUAUAUUCCACUUCACCUCACUUGAAUGGAGAUACAUUGUACAACAUAUCAAUCAUCAUUGCCCCAAGGAAGGUAUCAAGCAGAUUGGUAUGCUUUGAUGAAAGGCAAUUAUACCAGCUAUAUAGAUCAAGACUAUCAAAACAUUGGCAAGGAAAAAUCUCAUCGUAGUGUAAGACAAAAUCUGUAAUGCUAGCGUGUUAAUUUCACUUCUUUGGUUCUGUACAUCACAGAACACAUACCAGAAUGGGUCCGUUGCUUAGAAAGGUGGAAUCUCAACUUGUACUGUGAUGGUCAGUAUUUCUAAGUCUAGUAUAAAAAGCCAUUGUUUUUCCUGCAGUACUGUUGUCUCCUGCUAGAGGUCUCUCUUUACUAGGAGGAAUGAACAUAAUUUAUGUGAGAUUGCUUCAUCAAAGGCUUUAAAUUCUCAGAUGGAUCAUGUUGAAGUACUAUUCAAGGUGAAUAGUUGAGUUGUUUUGUUAUGGAGGAAAUUUGAUAAAGAACUUGUGUUAAAAAAGGCUGAAGUCAGAAGGAUACGAACUGUACAAACUUUUGAAAAGAAGUUUCAUGAGAUUUUUUUACAAAAAGGAUGACAGAGGCAAAAGAAAAGUAGAGAAAGUUUUUAUUGUGAGAUAAUUGUCCUAGAGGAAAAUGUUGUCUAUGCGAAAAUGAGCUUGUUUACCAGCAACUGUUGUAAAAUUGCAGAGUCAAGAAACUUUCUGUAUGUAUAUUUCUAGCUACCCCCGGUAACUGACACCAAGCGCUUGUCACUAUUUAUGAACGAUGCUGGUAAUUUAAGGCUAUGUCUAACAGCAAAAACAUUUUCUUGUUAUAAAGUGAAAUCGUAUCAAAAUAACAGUUUAACAAUUACAAAAGUAACAGUGAAAAUUGAUACAGAUCUACUCUUAAAAAAAGAUUUUAGGGAUGAAUUUGCUGAUAAUUUGCCGUCAGUAGCUUUCAUUAUUUUUAAGUAUCAUGGAAACCAUGCUAUUAAUUAUGCCUUUGGUGCAAACCAAACCUAGCAUAGAUAAAGUCUUGAAUAUGUUUUGCUGGCAGAAUGCCUGUUGACUUAAUAUUCUAAGGUACCCAGUUACUGUGAUUUUGGUCUUUCCCAAAGUCCAUUGUGUUUAUGUUAAAUUAUUGGUUUUGUAUGUAAUGAUAACUUGUAAGUGUAUAUAAGGUGGUAUCGCAAUGAGUACUUCUGUUAAGCGUACAUGUAUAGCCAUCUAUACAUUGUACAUGAUAAGGAUUGUGUUGUAAGCUAUGUAUGUAAAUGAGCACUUUGGUUUUGGUGAUUUUACAUUGUUUGAAAUGAGCUUUGGGUUAGACUGAAAAUGUAUUUGAUGAAAAAAAUAACAUUGUCUUAAUGUCA